AUGGAAAUUUUGGAAACGCCCAUAUCUGAAGUCACGGUAAAUUCUAUAACUGUAAUAGCUAAACAAUGUAAUAAAUUUUUAUUCUAUUUGAAUUCAGAAAAUCCAGAUUACCUAUCUUGUUUUAGAUAUGAGAUCUGGAAGAGGAAACAAAAUGCCUUCAGCAAAAGUAAUAUUGAUGACAGUCGUCUUCUAUCAACCGUACUGAAAGGACGAAAAGUGUGCAGUUUUCCAGUAAUCGUUGGUUCUCAUCCACCCGAUGAUGAUAAAAUAUGGGCAGAGGCUCAAGAGAAGGCUAUGAAGGUUGCUAUUCCUCCAAGCAAAGAAAAUCAGGAAAAGAAAAUACCUGUUGAAAUUAACAUUAAAGAAGAACUCGGAGGUGAAGAGUUGGCUUAUUUUGAAAUUAUAAAAGAUCAUUUUGACGAAUCUAGUACUUACAUCCGAAUAAUUGUACAACCUCCUGCCACCACUGGUCUUGGAGGAACAAACUAUCAGGGAGAGGAACAUGGUUACACCUACGAAGGUAUUGAUCUUACUCUUGGUACCAUAUGUAAGAGGAAUCAACUAUUAACAGAUUCCAAUGGCCAGCAAAAUUACACUUGCACAACUGCUCUUUCAAGCACUAUAUAUGUCUUCUGCGAUCUUGAAAAUAUAAAUAAUGAAUAUUUCUCUUCAAAAAAAGCAACACAUGGAUGGGGAUUUGAAGAUGUUCAUUUUACCAAAGAAGAGUUUAAUAGUUACUUUAAUAAAUUUUGUGAAUCUUCAAAUGUUGAAAGAAGACAUUUUGUUGCUGUGUUUGACUUCAUCCCGGAUAUUCGUGCAAUGCCAAACAUUACUGAUAUGUUAGAUGAAGAAAAGAGAAUUGCUGAUACUGAGAGUCGAAUUAUUAAGACAAAUAUUCUUGUUGAUACUAGAAUAACAAAUGAUGGUUAUUCAACUACUGACUUUCCAGCACCAUUACUUCAAGCAACAUAUCUUCAAAAUAGUGACGCAAUCUAA